UUCCAUUGUUUUCCUGCUUAAAAGUUUGUUGUACUGUUUGUAGGGACUGCUGUUUCACUCUGACAGUUUGGUGUCCUAAAAAGAAGCCUGGAUUACAUUACUGUAAAUCAAACAUAUAAAUACUUUUUUUCUAGAUGUAAUUUGCAUUCUAAAGUUUGAAGUAUAAAAGGAUCUGCUAUGUGAGAUUGACAAAUGUUUCAUAAUACAGAAGACCAGAUCCUGAAACAAGAAAUUCUUCGUAAAAGAGCAACUGGAAGAAAAAGUAUUAUAAAAACAUAUGGACUUAAAACACGAUUGUUUAUCUUAACAACCAGUCACCUGUCAUACUAUGAUGGGAAUGAGGAGAGAAGGGGGAAGUUAAAGAAUUGUCAAGAACUUUCAGCCAUCAAGGCAGUUGAGCGCGUGGAUGAUGGCGUAUUUGAAAACCCAUUUUGCUUUCAGGUGCAGUUCGAUGAGUACACCUUGUAUGUGUUCGCCAAUAAUGAGCAGCAACGUAUGGACUGGGUUCAAGCACUGCGCGAUGAAAUUGGUACAAAAAACAGUUGCUUACUUCAAAGAUUUCAUUCUGGAAUAUAUCUAAAUAAUUGUUGGUCUUGCUGUGAUGAAAAAGCAAAAAACAUGCCUGGUUGCAAAAAAACCUACUUCUUUAAAGAUUCAGGCCUAAGUUCUCCCACUGAAUCACAUAAUGGCAUUGCAGAAGACAGAAAUGAAAAUUUCAAAGUAACUGCGAAAUAUGAUUACACACCUACAGAAAAGCAAGACUUAGCACUUCAGAAGGAAUGUGAAUAUACAGUUACUGAUAGUUCAGAAAAAAAUUGGUGGUUUGCUCGAGAUGAGCUAGGGAGAGAAGGUUACAUUCCAUCAAAUUACGUUGUGAGGCACUUUGGUAUUGAAUGUGAAAAAUGGUAUCAUGGUGAUAUGUCUCGUGCUGAAGCAGAUGUAGCAUUGAGAGAAGGGCAUACUGAUGGUACUUUUCUUGUUCGCAAUGCAACUCAACAAGGAAUGUUUACCUUGGCGUUAUGCUUCCAAGGCAUUGUAAAACAAUACCAUAUAAAGCAAAGUCCGGAAGGGAAAUAUUAUAUUUCACAUCGUCAUCAUUUUGAUACAGUUGCAAAACUGAUUGAAUAUCACAAACUUAACUGUGCAGGACUUGUAACACGUUUGCGACUACCAUACACAGGGCUGGAACCUGCACCUGUCACACUUGGAUAUGGUGUAUUUCAGAUUAACAGAAAUGAACUGUUUAUAAAAAAACAAAUUGGGAAUGGUCAGUUUGGUAGUGUGCAUGAAGCUGUGUGGAGACAAAAACAAAGAGUUGCUGUAAAGAUGAUGAAACCAGGCUCUAUGUCUGAACAUGAUUUCAUAGAAGAAGCAAAAAUUAUGCAACGCUUUCAACAUAAGCAUCUGGUGUCUAUAUAUGGUGUAUGUAGUCGACAAAGUCCCCUGUACAUAGUGGUUGAAUUAAUGCCACAUGGCUCUUUGUUAGACUAUCUUCGUAAGAAUAAACAGUUACUGCACAAAACUCCAACUUUAACUGAUAUGGUGUAUCAAGUAGCUUCAGCCAUGAAAUAUUUAGAAUCAGAAAAGUUUAUUCACAGAGAUUUAGCUGCAAGAAAUUGCUUAGUUGGUGAAAAUAAUUUAAUAAAAGUUGGAGAUUUUGGUUUAGCAAGAUAUGUUCUUGACGAUCAAUACACGGCGUCAGAAGGGACAAAAUUUCCAGUUAAAUGGGCAGCGCCAGAAGUUAUCGAUUUUACAAAGUUUAGUAGCAAAUCAGAUGUUUGGGCUUUCGGUAUACUCUGCUGGGAGAUAUUUACAGCUGGUAAAUCUCCUUACGCAACGUUCUCAAACCCUGCGGUAGCUGACGAGGUGCGAAGAGGAUAUCGAUUAGAACAACCUCCGCAUUGUCCGAAUGAGGUACAUCAAAUCAUGCAGAAGUGUUGGGAACAGGUUCCAGAAAAUCGUCCUUCAUUUCGUGACAUACACGAGUCGAUACAAGUGCUCACUGAAGAUUACUCUGAUGCGUAAAAACUGCACAAACGAUGUAAAUACAAAUCUGUGGAUGAACACGACUGCAAAUAGCUAGAAUUUCAAUUCGCCUGUAAAUAGCAAAAUACUUGUAUUCACCGAUAUUUUUCAUAAGAUAGAUGUUUUUCAUUUG